AUGCCGUCAUCAAGCGCUGCUCGUGUGGAGAUACCAAGCUUGCAGAAGCUGAGGCCAAGCACCCCUUUCAACGCUGCGACCACACACCGCGAUCUCCUUCAACGCCUGUCUCAAGAGUCAAGACCGGCUCCUCCGCUUCGUCCCAACCUCCCGAGCGUUGCGUUUCGAGCAGCCCGUUGCGCCGGUCUCAAACCGCACGAGAGUCACAAAUUGCUGGCUGAACCACAGUCCACCAGCCACAGGCCGAGCUCCCGACUCGGAUGCCAAGCCUGGGCGUGGCCAAUCACCACGCGCCAUACGCGGGCCGGCUGGGCUUACAUAAGUGCUGACGCGGACUGCGGCUCUGUUUCGGCCUUUCUAGACUCCGGCGCCAAGCCUCGCCCGCGGCCAGCCAAUCACGGCCCGGCGAUUUUGCCGGCAGGGCCCUUCCCGAAUGGGCAGCAAGCAGCUUCGUGGUCGCGCUUUCCCGACCAGAGCAGGACAGCCUGCAAUCAGAAAAGGGAAAGAGGGUUGUCACACUGGAGGAAGGCGCGUCCUGUGCCACGUCACUUGCUGGAUCGGGGUGACAUCGCAUAUAAAGAGCGUGGAGGCAGCGCGUCUUGGACUCUUUCGCGAGUCCCUGCAUUGUCACACCUGAUAACACUUGUACUGACAUUGCGACAGGUACUACGGCAGAUGGCCUCCCUCCACGGGGCUAUCUGGAUGUUGAUCAGCUCUUUUGCAGACGAGUGCUCUCCUUGCUAA